AUGGCUAGCAGGCCUCUGCCCCCGGGACUCCAGGAGGAGGAGAAUGCCAAAGACCCUGGAGUGAAAGUAUUAACAGUGCGGCCACGAGGCCGCCUACCCAGUGUUGACGAGGCCCGACCCAUAGGUCCAGGCCUGGCCUCCCGCCGUGACUCCGUACUAGGCCUAGCCCCAUCCUUCUCACGCCGCAACUCGCUGGCUGGGCCAGUCAUGGGUCCUGGUUGUCGACGACCAUCCCUGGGCCCAGUGCCUCCUCUAGGCUCACGGGUCAGCUUCUCAGGGUUGCCCCUGGCCCCAGUGCGUAGGAUAGCACCCUCCUAUCACACAGAGCCGGCGCCGGGGCAGCGCUGGGAAGCCACACGUGCCCAACGCACCCUGGAGGCUACGCUGGCCGUGGGGCUACACAACAUCUGCUAUUCAGGCACAGAGGCCGGGCAGCUGGCCCGGGAGCUCUGCGAGCAGGUGCACAUGCGCCUGCGUGAGCUCACCCCCCCGCGCUACAAGCUGGUGUGCAGCGUGGUGCUGGGCUCGCGCACUGGCCAGGGCGUGCAUGUGGUCAGCCGGGCGCUCUGGGACCAGGCACGCGAUGGGCUAGCCUCUGCCACCUACACCAACGCCUCGCUCUUCGCAGUAGCCAUGGUCCACGGGUUCUACUGCGAGUGA